AUGGGCCUGGACGACGGGAAGGGGGGUGGCGGUAACUGGCCCGCUGCAGGAGUUAAAAGUGCAGGUUUCUCGAGCCGUUUUCCGUGUGAGUCCUGGAGCCACCAGACGUCCGCCUAUCGCCAGCUAAAGCAGAGACCAGAACCUUCCGGCGAGCCGCGCCUGCUACACGACGUCCAAGCACAAAGCCAAGUUCCGGACCAGGUUCGGAACGGACAUCGGAAAGCGGGUGUGAACCUCCGAAAGCGACCUGGAUGCGAAGCAGGAGUGUGUGGAGUUGGGUUCUCGAGCCGUUUUCCGUGUGAGUCCCGGCACCCCCAGACGUCCUCGUAUCGCGAGGGCAAAGCUUCACACGGACCAAAGAGCAGACUAGGACACAGGCCAGCGCCGGCUCAUCGACAUCAUGCUAUACCUAGGCAUGGGGUUUCUCGUCAGAAUGCAGCGGCAGCCUGGAUGUACCCCCCACAGAAUACGGAGUUGAAAAGCGACAGAAGUGUUUUGUGAGUUCCAGGGUCAUCAGGUUCCAGGGAUUGAUCAUGUCCUAAGCUAUUUUGUCUCUUCCUGGCACUGACUUAUUACAACUCAGUGAGACCCGAAACUCCGCCAUGGUAAAUGGACGUUUCCAUCAAGGAACAGGAAGAUGAUAACAUCUAGGCCGAUUUCAGAAGCAGCAAUUGAAGUUGAAGGUUUCCGCGCUCGAAGCCGCAAAUUUUCCAUCAAUGGAUGAUUAACCUCAAAAGGGACAAAUGGAAACCAACUCCAGGCAGUAGGCUUUGCAGCGACCAUGAACCACACAUGGCUAUGACAUAAAUAA